CGCCCCCUCCCGUUUCCCUGCGCCGGGGCCCGCAUGGCGGCCGGCACGCGCCCGGCGGCCGCACCGCGGUCCAGAGCUGCCAUGGCCCAGUGGAGGAAGAAGAAGGGGCUCCGGAAGCGCCGGGGCACGGCCUCCCAGUCCCGCAGCAGCGACUCGGAGGACGGCGAGUUUGAGAUCCAGGCGGAAGAUGACGCCCGGGCCCAGAAGCUGGGACCCGGCAGACCCCUCCCCACCUUCCCCACCUCGGAAUGCACCUCAGACGUGGAGCUGGACACACGGGAGCUGGUGCGAGCCCAGAACAAGAAGAAGAAGAAGUCGGGAGGCUUCCAGUCCAUGGGCUUGAGCUACCCGGUGUUCAAAGGCAUCAUGAAGAAAGGCUACAAGGUUCCGACGCCCAUCCAGAGGAAGACCAUCCCGGUGAUCCUGGAUGGCAAGGACGUGGUGGCCAUGGCCCGGACGGGCAGCGGCAAGACGGCCUGUUUCCUCAUCCCCAUGUUCGAGCGGCUCAAGACCCACAGCGCCCAGACUGGGGCCCGCGCCCUCGUCCUCUCCCCCACCCGAGAGCUGGCCCUGCAGACCAUGAAGUUCACCAAGGAGCUUGGCAAGUUCACUGGCCUCAAGACUGCCCUGAUCCUCGGCGGGGACAAAAUGGAAGACCAGUUUGCAGCCCUGCAUGAGAAUCCCGACAUAAUCAUUGCUACCCCUGGGCGCUUGGUGCACGUGGCCGUGGAGAUGAACCUGAAGCUCCAGGGUGUGGAGUACGUGGUAUUCGAUGAGGCCGACAGGCUCUUUGAAAUGGGGUUCGCAGAGCAGCUGCAGGAGAUCAUCGGCCGCCUCCCCGGGGGCCACCAGACAGUCCUGUUCUCCGCCACGCUGCCCAAGUUGUUGGUGGAGUUCGCCCGGGCCGGCCUCACGGAGCCCGUGCUCAUCCGGUUAGACGUGGACGCCAAACUCAACGAGCAGCUCAAGACGUCCUUCUUCCUCGUGCGCGAGGACGCCAAGGCCGCCGUCCUGCUCCACCUUCUGCGCACCGUGGUGCGGCCCCAGGACCAGACCGUGGUGUUUGUGGCCACCAAGCACCACGCGGAGUAUCUCAGUGAGCUGCUGACGACCCAGCGAGUGAGCUGCGCCCACAUCUACAGCGCCCUGGACCAGACGGCCCGCAAGAUCAACCUGGCCAAGUUCACGCACGGCAAGUGCUCCGCCCUCAUCGUGACGGACCUGGCAGCUCGGGGCUUGGACAUCCCGCUGCUGGACAACGUCAUCAACUACAGCUUCCCCGCCAAGGGCAAGCUCUUCCUGCACCGCGUGGGCCGCGUGGCCCGGGCUGGCCGAAGUGGCACGGCCUAUUCCUUGGUGGCCCCAGACGAGAUCCCCUACCUGCUGGACCUGCACCUGUUCCUGGGCCGCGCCCUCACCCUCGCCCGCCCCCAUGAAGAGCCCUCAGGCGCGGGCGGCCUGGAUGGGGUGCUGGGCCGGGUGCCGCAGAGCGUGGUGGACGACGAGGACAGCGGCCUGCGGAGCACCCUGGAGGCGUCGCUGGAGCUGCGCGGCCUGUGCCGCGUGGCCGACAACGCCCAGCAGCAGUACGUGCGCUCACGGCCGGCGCCGUCCCCCGAGUCCAUCAAGAGGGCCAAGGAGCUGGACCUCGCGGCGCUGGGGCUGCACCCCCUCUUCAGCUCCCGCUUUGAGGAGAAGGAGCUGCAGCGGCUGACGCUGGUGGACCGCAUCAAGCACUACCGCUCCCGGGCGACCAUCUUUGAGAUCAGUGCCUCUAGCCGGGACCUCAGCAGCCAGGUGAUGCGCGCCAAGCGGCAGAAGGACCGCAAGGCCAUCGCCAGCUUCCAGCAGGGGCGGCAGGAGCGGCAGGAGCGCCUGGCCGGCCCAGUCCUGAGCCUACCGGCACCAGCACCGCAGGAGGAGCAGCUUGAGAAGGAAGAGGAGACGGUGGGAGAGAGCGUAGAGGACGUCUUCACAGAGGUUGUGGGCCGGAAGCGCCAGCAACCAGGACCUGCCCGGGGAGCCAAGAGGCGGAGGGAGGAGGCCCGGCAGCGGGACCAGGCGUUCUACGUCCCCUACCGGCCCAAGGACUUCGACAGCGAACGGGGCCUGAGCAUCAGUGGGGAUGGGGGCGCCUUCGAACAGCAGGUGGCUGGUGCUGUCCUGGACCUGAUGGGGGACGAAGCCCAGAACCUGACCAGGGGCCGGCAGCAGCUCAAGUGGGACCGGAAGAAGAAGCGGUUUGUGGGACAGUCGGGACAGGAGGACAAGAAAAAGAUCAAGACGGAGAGUGGCCGCUAUAUCAGCAGCUCCUACAAGCGGGACCUCUACCAAAAGUGGAAACAGAAACAGAAAAUUGAUGAUCGUGACUCAGAAGAGGAAGGGGCAUCGGACCGGCAAGGCCCAGAGCGAAGAGGUGGGAAGCGUGGCCGAGGGCAAGGUGUGUCCCAGCCCCGCGCCGCCAGCGCCACCGGAGGCCGCGUGCGCUCAGAGCUCAAGACCAAGCAGCAGAUCCUGAAGCAGCGGCGCCGAGCCCAGAAGCUGCGCUUCCUGCAACGCGGGGGCCUCAAGCAGCUCUCUGCCCGCAACCGGCGCCGCGCCCAGGAGCUGCAGCAGGGCGCCUUUGGCCGGGGUGCCCACUCCAAGAAGGGCAAGAUGCGGAAGAGGAUGUAAGGAAGGUGGCCCAGCCCCGUGGUUCCUCGCUUGGUCUGAGUGUGGAUGUCAGCACCGUUCCCCGUGUACCGCCGUGGGCCUGGCCCUAUGCUGAGCGCUGGGGGGGGUUGUCCCUGCAGGAGCCGUCAUCCGUGCAAGGGAGUGUGGCCACAGAAGGGCAGCAGCCGCCUCUGCCUGAGACAGGGACAUUUGAGCAGAAUGUUGAAGGGUGCAUAGGGGUUUGCCAGCAAGGCCAGGCAGGCCAAGACCUGAGUUGGCAACUCGGUUGCUGCUACUUCCAUGUGUUCUGGUUUGGAGGUGGUGGCCACAUGUGUCUCAGCCUGAGUGCUUGAGGCCCAGUGAUGUAUUUUUAAUGUAAUAAAACUUUAUUGAGCACCUCCA